AGUUCCUAAAGGAUUUCUAGAUACCUAUGCCUAUCUUGACAAUGGUUCAGAUGCUACACUACUGCUGAGUCAUGUUGCCCGCCAAAUAGGACUGGAAGGGGUUAAUACAUUGAUGCAGGUAACAUCUUUCUGUGGAACUACUUCUCAGAAUUCAUCUAAGGUUGAUUUCGAAGUUGAAUCCUUAACAGGAGAUUACAAGACGAGGGUCAAGAGUGCCUACACCGUGGAAAGCUUACCUGUAAAGAGACCUAGGACUCCUUCGAACGAACAGAUGAAAAAAUGGCCUUACCUGGCAGAAAUUCCCUUUCUAGACGUCGAAUGUAAACAGGUCAGUCUACUAAUUGGGACUAAUGUACCUGAAGCACACUGGGUGCUGGAGCAGCGUAUAGGGAAAUCCAACCAACCGUUUGCAUCUUUGUCAGUUUUUGGUUGGUAUUUAUUGGGUUCAGGAAACGAAUAUAAAGAAGCAACCUCUAUCUUCUGCUUAGAGGAAAGUGAAUCAGUAGAGAACAAGCCUUUGCGAAUGAUUGAAGCUGAAUUUCAGGACAAGCACUCAUGCGAAAGGUCCAGUUCUGAAAUAGAUAAAGAGGUUCUGAAUGCAACCGAUAGGGAGAUAAGAUUGCGGAACGGACAUUAUGAAGUUCCAUUGACUUGGAAAGAGGACUGGCGUAGAUUACCGCCUAAUAGGUUUGAGGCAGAACGCAGGCUGGACAGUCUUCGGAAGAAACUAAAAAAGGACGAAAGCCUAUUAAAGUCCUACAAUCAAAUACUAACAGACCAUGAGUUGAAGGGUUAUAUUAGUCGCGUUCCUGACGACUUCUCCAAGAAACGUAGAGUUAUCCCUCACCACCCAGUUAUAAAUCCCCACAAGCCUGGUAAAAUUAGAGUGGUUUUCGAUUGUGCCUUUAAAUGUAAGGGAAUAUCCUUGAACGAUUGUCUGUAUUCGGGACCUGAUCUGAUGAAUGACUUGGCUGGGGUACUAUUGAGAUUUAGAAAACAUCGGAUAGCCUUGUCAGCAGAUAUUAAGGAGAUGUUUCUUCAGGUUCACUUACCUGUCAAGGAUAAAAGUGCCUUUAGUUUCUUAUGGUAUUCUGAGGGUACACUGGACUUACCACCGAGCCUGUAUGAAUUAAACGUACAUCCCUUCGGUGCUACCUCAUCACCUUUUUGUGCAGCCUAUGCUUUAAAACGAGGUGCAAGACGAUGGAAACAAGGGCAACUCCUUGCUGAUACGUUUUGGAGACGGUGGAAGCGGGAGUACCUGACGACCUUACAAUCGCAUUCGACGACAUCGAAACUUACAAGUGGGAGACCUAGUACUAGUGGCUGCAGAGCCUUCACCUCUCAAUCGUUGGUCAAUGGGAAUAAUUACAGGUGUUACGGCAAGCUGUGAUGGGUAUAUCAGAAAAGUGGAUAUCAAGACACCGAGGGGUAUAGUCAACCAAGAUGGGCGUAAGGUUUGCCUAUUAGAAGGUAUUAAGGAGAGAUAAGCACUUUGUAG